CCACGCUGGGCAGACAGUCUAUUGGCCCGGCAUCCGCUGCCCUUCCGGCAUUCCCCCAGCCAAAAGCGGACCCCCGGGCCUUAUCUACGUUACUGAUGCUCGGGUGAGGUCAGCGACCGCUGUCGAUCUUCUAGUUUCCUGUCUACCUUUCUACCAUCCAUAGCUCUGAUGGCCUCUUUCCCUGGUGGCCAGAAUGAACACCCGACAAGUUAUCGAUGAGUCUGUGGGGCCACUCUCACUCUCUGCUACAUUCAACAAUGAUACCUCCUGCUUCGCAGUUGGGUUGGACACCGGCUUCUGUGUCUUCAAUACCGACCCAUGUGAGCUCAGAGUAUCAAGAGAUUUCAAUGCCGGCAUCGGGGUAGUCAAGAUGCUUGGCCAGACGAACUACCUAGCUAUCGUUGGCGGAGGGAGACAGCCAAAGUUCCCACAAAAUAAGUUGGUCAUUUGGGAUGACGCAAGACAGAAAGCAGUAAUUACGCUGGAGUUCCGCACCUCGGUCCUGGGCGUCCGAUUGUCCAAGUCGCGCAUCGUUGUCGCCCUCCUCAAUAGCAUCCACAUCUUUGCCUUCUCGAACCCUCCACAGAAGCUAUCAUAUUUCGAGACAACGGAUAACCCACUGGGGCUGGCUUGUCUAGGGCAGCAGGUGCUCGCUUUUCCAGGUCGGUCCCCGGGCCAGGUCCAACUGGUGGAGCUUGAGACGGGGAAUGUCAGCAUCAUCCCUGCACACAGCACGCCAUUGCGCGCGAUGACAUUGAGUCCCGAUGGUGAAGUGUUGGCGACGGCGAGUGAAGCGGGCACGUUGGUCCGGGUCUUUUCUACGGCUAACUGCACCAAAAUGGCCGAGCUACGACGCGGUGUUGAUCAUGCGGUGAUAUUCUCUCUUGCCAUUUCGCCCUCGAAUCUUCUACUGGCUGUAACUUCGGAUAAGUCUACCCUGCACGUGUUCGACCUUCCGCAUCCCCGACUACCGACGAACCGUACUCCAGCUGCAGCUUCCCCGACCGAAGAACAAACAAACCAGAAAUGGGGCAUUCUCGGGAAAAUUCCACUAUUGCCAAGAGUAUUCUCUGAUGUGUAUUCAUUUGCAAGCGCCCACUUUGAAAUGGGGGAGGAAGCACCACCCGGCUCGCAUUAUGUCCCGCCCCUGGGUAACUCAUACGGGAGCCCGUCGAAAGGCGUGAUAGGUUGGCGCGACGACAGGACCAUUCUUGUUAUCGGCGCCGGCAGGGAUGGUCGAUGGGAGAAGUUCGUUCUGCGCGAAGGGGACGAUGGAAAGCGGUAUUGCCUGAGAGAGGGCUGGAAAAGAUAUUUGGGAGGCAGCUGAAAUUCUGUCGGCGGGAUAAAGAGUGACUGUUCGCAGCACUAAUUAUUCGUUUUGCACCAAGGUAGUAGCUGUUCCAGAUGCAGGCAAGAUCCGUAUGCAUGCGCCCAUGCCACAGCAUUGAUUCUGAGAUGGACACGAUAUCGCAUGAGCCGGCGCAGGAUGAUGAAAUAGCAGACUUGCAUUUCAAGAACAGGCGCGGACCGCAGCAUUCGGCCACAAAGAUCCUGGAGAUCUUUUAUUGGAUGGCUUUUUCCCAGGAUCAGUUAGACGACUUAGUCCUCAUUAACAUAUUUAAUAUCUAGAUAGCUUUUCCAGA